AUGACGAAAACCACUGAAGAGGCUGGAUACGAUCUCGUCCAAGCUUUACUCAAAUUUCACGAUGGAUCACACGGUGCCCGAGAUCGCAUGGUUCAUAAGCCCGGAUGGAAAAUGCUUUUUAUGAUGCUAAAAUAUUUAAACUGCUACCCGGAAUUAACUUCAAUGCCGUAUCAGUUGACUCCGAUUGUACUGGACGUACCACCCGAAUAUCGUCAAAUUGUCUUGAAGAAUCCCAUGAUCGUUAGAAGACGUUACGUAGAAUUACUACCUAUCAAAUAUGGGUAUCGAGAAUUUUGGAAGACUCAUAUAAACCGUUUGAGGGCAUUGCCUUAUCAAUAUUUAUUGUGGGAAGGCGGUUUCGUUCUGAUUGUAUUUUGUUUUUACGCCAUUGGCGAUAAUGUCAUACGUGUAGUAAAUAUCACAAUACAUUUUUCAAAAAAAGACGUACAACCGGAACCGUUGUGCUACCAAGAUAAGCUCAUGCUGGAAGAGUGUUAUCCACUGGAUACGUUCAAUCCCGGAUUUGCAUUACCCAAACCAGUAUCGAUCAACACGAACAGGUGGACAAUUUUGCGAGAGUUAAAAGAAUCCAGUGACAAAAAAGGCAACGAACUGUUUUUGCUAUCGUUGUCGCCUUUAAUGGACGAACUGUCUGACCAAGUUCUUACGGACACCAGGCGCAAAAUGUUAGAGCUGUUAGAAGAAGCUAUGAGCUGGAAAAGAAAUUUUGAUCGUUAG